AUGAGCGAACAUGAACACAUAGAAGAUGCGCAAAAAAUAAGCAACAAACUAGGAUUUGAAACUGAACAAAAAACUCAGUACCUACUAAAAGAAUUAGAAAUUUUAAAUAUCGAAGAACCUCCGAUUGAGACACUUCUUACAGACAAUAAACAAGUCAAAAAAAAAAAAAAAAAGGAAAAUUUAGUUGAAGAUCAUGAUGAUUGUUAUAUCCCCAAUCUUCCUGUUUACUCAAUUCCCAUGCAAGAUAACUCUCAUUUGAGAAAAGUUUGCAAUUGGCCAGCUGUUGAAUCAAGUAAACAAACAUCUCCUCCAACUGUACCUGUAAAUCAAAUUUAUCCUAAGUAUGAAUUUCCGGAAGGAGAAAUAAUCGAAUAUACGGGGUCUAAUUCAUACAGAAUAUCUUCUGAAGAAUUAAAAGCUAAAGAAAAAACCCAUAUUCUAGAUUACUCUUCUCUUAGGAGAGCAGGAGAGGUGCAUAGGCAAGUACGAAAGUACAUACAGAGUAUCAUUAGACCAGAAAUGAAACUUAUAGAUAUAUGCAACAUUUUAGAAGGUAAAACUAAAGAUUUGGUCGCUGCUGAAGGACUCAAAAGUGGAUGGGGAUUUCCAACAGGAUGCUCGUUAAACCACUGUGCAGCCCAUUACACUCCAAACCCCGGAGAUUUUACCAAAUUAACCCAAAACGAUAUUUGUAAAUUAGAUUUUGGUGUACAGGUUAAUGGGAUGAUAAUUGAUUGUGCAUUUACGAUUGCAUUUAAUGAUGUUUUUGACCCCUUAAUCCAGUCUACAAUAGAUGCAACAAAUACAGGAUUGAAAACUGCGGGAAUUGAUGUUAUGUUUUCUGAUAUAGGAUCAUCUAUAGAAGAAGUUAUAGAAUCUUACGAAUUUGAAUACAAAAGUAAAUUAUAUCCUAUCAAACCAAUUAGAAAUCUAAAUGGUCAUUCAAUUUUGCCAUACCAUAUCCAUGGAGGGAAAUCGGUCCCAAUUAUCGCAACAGCUGACAACACAAGAAUGGAAGAAAAUGAAAUAUAUGCGAUUGAAACAUUUGCAACAACAGGGAGAGGUUACGUUACAGAAGGUUCAGACUGUAGCCAUUACAUGAAAUAUUAUGAUAAUCCUUUCCUAAAUGAAAAUUCAAUUAGGCUUAAAUCUGCUAAAAUUCUCCUUGGAGGAAUCAAUGCUCACUUUGGCACGCUUGCGUUUUGUAGAAGAUGGCUAGAUCAGUUGGGUUUUAAUAAGCAUGCCCUAGCCUUAAAAUCAUUAGUAGACUCAGAAAUUAUUCGGCCAUAUCCUCCUUUAAACGACAUUUUGGGUUCAUUUUCUUCCCAAAUGGAGCACACUAUUUUAUUAAGGCCAUCAUGUAAGGAGGUUGUAUCCAGGGGUUACGACUUCUAG